CGUCUGCGGGAAGAAAGCAGAGUCACUGUUUCUCUGCCAGACCUGCAGAGUUUCUCCAGCUAUUUCUGUUUUUUUGUUGUGUUCCGAAGAUGAAGUGUCCCAUUCUCCUGAUCACGGCCACAUUUGUGGCUCUGCAGUUAUUCGGGGUUUCUCAAGGAUCACUCGUGAUCGAGGAGCAGACAAAUGGAAUCACUUUGAAAUGUGCACAUGGUAAAGACUGGCGAAAGGAUGGGUUAGUGUACGAUCAGGUGGCGGACGAUGGGAGUGUCGGACUCUCGCCGCUGUCAGACAGUGAUACCGGAGAAUACAGCUGUGCAGAUGAUCAUGCAAGUUCUUCAGCUUUUGUGUUUGUUCGACUUUGUAGGAACUGUGUGGAGUUGGAGCCCGGUACCAUCUCAGGGAUUGUGGUUGGGGACGUCAUUGCCACCAUCUUGAUCGCUCUGGCUGUUUACUGUGUGGUUUCUUCCAACAAGGACAAAGUUUCCAAUGAGUCUGAGAAGCAAAACCUUGUUCCUUAUGAUCAUAAUGACCUUUAUCAGGAUCUUGGGACACGAAGGGGAAGCUGUGAAUACAGCCAACUCUCCCCACGACAGAAAAUAUAACCCGCUCUCCUGAGACUGACACAACAGACUUUGAACAUGGCAGCAACAUCUACCACCUGGCUCACUGCUUCUCUGUUAUUUGAUAAUGUUUGUCUGACCUUUGGUGGUUGUUGAUGAGUCGAUAUAAGGUCAAUGCAAUUCCAAUGACUGGUUCAACUCACAGUCUUAUCCCUGUUAACUGCUGUCAUUUAGCACAACAUCAGCAAUGAACAAGUGAGCUUUUGUGAGCAUUUUGUGGAGUAACAAAUACUUCGGGUUUCUCUGUCAGUGAUAUCUCAUUCCAUUUAUUCACUCGGUAUGUUUUGAGAAUAGAAUGCUUUGGCAAGGGACUGGAGUAAAGUUCUGGGAGAGGAGUGAUUGUGGGGGAGAUUAGAGAGGGUGGCCUUUGGGGGAAAUGAUUCUACUCCAAAUUGCAGCUCAGGUCCUGGUUCCAGUUUUCCCCCAGAUGCUUUUAGUCGCUUGACUUGGUGGAACCUGGGCCUUGCUUAAAACAGAGUGGUGCUGUUGGAGUUUCUUGCCUUACACUCAUCAGGACAGAAUUACAGGAAUACUAAAUCCCAAAGGGAACACCUAUUAAUAUUGAUGAGGAAAAGAUGCUGAUUGGCUUGCACAUCAACCCUGGCAAUGCCUUGACCAACCAAAGGUAAUGCACAAGUUAGCUCUGAUUCUGCAUUAGGAUAGCACUUGCUGGACAGUCUGGAGUGUGCCAAGAAUUAUACUAACAGCCAAUCGAAGGGUCACAUUGUAACUCAUAUAUACAUGCUGGAAGCUGCAGCUAUUCACGCACAGUGAUCUGACAUUUGCAGGCAAAGACAUUUUGUUCAGAUUUUGCAACUUUUUAAAAUUACACAAAAGGAUGGGACAGUCGUUCUCUGGUGCAUUUUCUGUGGCACUGUUUCAGUCAAGCUGAGUUAAUUUGCCAAGUGUUCAGCACCCUCUCCUCAUGCAGUAUAAAUUGUUGUUCCCUUUGGGAUUUGGAAUUCUUGUGAUUCUGACCCGAUGAAUGCAAGAUAUAAUACUCUUAAUGAUAUGUGUGUUUUUCAUCAAUAAGGAUGCAUCUCAUUUUCUAGACCAGUUGGGGAUUUUGAUUUUCUGUAUUGAGUGCUGGUUUUUAAUUGCUUUAUAAACACUGUCUGCUCUUUAUUGACUUAGUUCCAUGGGCUGAGAGGCAGCUUUCUGAAGUGGGGCGAUGCUUUUCCAUGCUAAUGACUCAUAUGUACUUCCUUCUGGUAUAAGCAUUAAUCCAUCUCUACCAGCAUUUAGGAUUUGAUUUGAUUUAUUAUAGUCACAUGUACCUAAGUACAGUGAAAAGCUUUGUUUGCAGUAAGUACAGGCAGAUCAUAACAAACAAGGACAUAGAGAUCAUAUGAUGGCACGUUGGCUCAGCGGUUAGCACUGCUGUCCCACAGCGCCAGGGACCCGGGUUUGAUUCCCGUCUCCGGCAACUGUCUGUCUGGAGUUUGCACGUUCUCGUCGUGUCUGUGUGGGUUUGCUCCGGGUGCUCCGGUUUCAUCCCACAAUCCAAAGAUGUGCAGGACAGGUGAGUUGGCCGUGUUAAAUUGCCCACUGUUUUAGGGGUAAAUAUAGGGUAGGGAAAUGGGUUUAGAACAUAGAACAGUACAGCACAGAACAGGCCCUUCAGCCCACGAUGUUCUACUGACCAUUGAUCCUCAUGUAAGGUAAACCUAAUGUAUGAACCCUCAAAUUUCUGUUUGGUUGCGUUUCUCUUCGGAAGGGCAGUGUGGAUUUGCUGGGCCGAAGGGCUUGUUUCCACACUGUAGAGAAUCUAAUCUAAUCUAAUCAUAGGAUGCUUAGACAGAGUGAGGCAUUCAAGAUUACAGCUGCACAGGAAGUAUGCAAAAGCAAAGUCAGCAUUAGAUUUGAAAUAGGUGUGAAUGUUUCUAAGCUUUACUUUGAAAAGUUAUUUUGUAUUUUUGGGGCCUUUUAAAAUGCUGAGGAACAUGUGGAUUUAAACAAUCCAUUUAGUUUAAACCAUAAAUCCAUUGGCUGGGAGAGAAUGGUUUUUGUGCCAAAGUCCUAUAGCCCAGGUCCCAACUCCCCCUCCCUCCCUCCCUCCCCUGGACAGGAGCAGGCCGGGAUCGAAACGGGCAAUCAGUGAAGAUUAUUCUAUCGAUUCCACACGGGGCAGACCAAUGGCCAGUAAAACACACAGGACGGUGGUCAGGUCCCAUAAAGAAUAAAAAAUACUGAAGAGGGAUGAGGAACAAACCCAGCAAUCAUCCUGGACAAUUUUGGGAAAAGUAAACAUUAGGGCAUCUCAUUGAAAACAGAGAUCCUUGCUCAUUCUCCAGUUAGAACAGAAGCACUAGGAGAGGCAGGAGGCCAUUCGGCCUCUUGACCCUUUUCCACCUUUCAAUGCAAUUAUUGGCUGAUCUCAUCUUACCCUCGACUUCACUUUCCUGCCCAUUCUCCAUAACCCUUUAACCCAAUACUGCUUAAAAAUCUAUCUCCUUCUUAAAUUUACUCAAUGUCCCAGCACCUACCACAGUCUCAUCGUGAAUUUACAGGUUCAUGACCCAUAAUUGCUCCUCAUCUCUGCUUUAAAUCCACAAUUUAAUGAUUAUACUUUCUGUACAAAAAUAAUGCUGAUAGGCUGAAUAGUUAUAUUGAACACUGGUUAUACACCCAUCCAUUAAAGCACCUCCCGAUACACACCCAUCUGAUAUGGUUCCCGCUCCUGGAAAGUCAAUGGACGACACCAUGUGGGGAUGUGUUCACAGUCAGGUGUGUGACAAGCAGUUGAUCUGAAAUUGCCUGAUGUCUUUUCCUGUGGUGUUUAUCCUCUUAUGUGUCAGUUUUUCUAAAUUUGAUCAGGCCGGCAGUGGAUUUCCAUCCACACUUCCUACUUUUAUAUUUUAUGCUGCUUUGUCAUGGAUUUGCUGCAGUUAUUUUGUAAAGUUGUAGAUUUCGCCUUCACUGCAAUAAAUA